AUGAUGGUUAUGACGAUUGUUACCGCUACUAGGAUUACAAGUGCCACUACGACCAUAGUGAUUACGAUUAAGAUUACGGUGACUAAAACGACUAUCAGGGCUGCGACUAUUACUUCUACUACUACUACUACUACUACUACUACUACUACUACUACUACUACUACUACUACUACUACUACUACUACUACUACUACUACUACUACUACUACUACUACUACUACUACUACUACUACUACUACUACUACUACUACUACUACUACUACUACUACUACUACUACUACUACUACUACUACUACUACUACUACUACUACUACUACUACUACUACUACGGCUACUACAAUGACUCUAUGA